AUGCCCUCGAACAACACCUCUUCCAAGUCUUCGGGCGGCAAGACCCUUUCGUCCAACUCGUCCGGCGGCAAACCGAUCAUAUCUAGCCCCAAGGUCAUAGUUCAUAACCACGGCUCUGGUGUCAGAUACGGACCCUCUGAGCCGUCCUCUCGCGAUGCUCAUUAUCAACAAGAGAUUCUGGUUAUCGUCAUGGACACUUCCCGCGCUUCCCACAUUUGCUGGGCAACGAAUCACCACCGACCGACAUCGGACUGCAAUUGUGUCGCACAUGCCCUCGGCUCGAAACCCGACAAGAAGAUCCAUGAGAUCCAAGCUAUCAAGUUGAGCCUCACCAAAGAGGUCCGGCUAUCGCACAAAGAUGAGACGAUUCAAGUCAUGCCCUGCGCACAAGCAAACGUCACCCCUGAUCACGCGUUUUGA